AAUCCAUUUGGAUUUGCUCCUCACUCCUCACACCAACCUGAAUUGCACUUUCCUGCCACGCAGAGAUAUGUCUGAUGUCUCCCCUCUCUCUAUUCAUUGGAGUUCCAGUUGACGUCAUACCACCCAUCAUCUCAGAAAUCUCUCUCUCUCUCUCUGCUUUUUUUAUGUCUCUCGGUGAGGGCCUAAUAGUGGCCCCGAGCUGUGAGUGAAAACUGUGUGGACGUCUUCCCUAGUUGGGAGUUUCGUUUCAAGAUUGAGAAUCUAAGGUUAACAAUGAGAGCGAAAGGUGUGGAGGACUGUCUCGCAUGGGCUGCAAGAGAUGAGUCUGGAAUUCUUUCUCCCUUCAAGUUCAGCCGCAGGAUUCUUGGGCCUGAUGAUGUUUCUAUGACCAUAACUCAUUGUGGAGUUUGUUAUGCUGAUGUUAUAUGGACAAGAAAUAAACAUGGAGACUCGAAGUACCCUUUGGUGCCUGGGCAUGAGAUUGUUGGAAUUGUAAGAGAAGUUGGUUCAAAUGUUCACCGUUUCAAAAUUGGUGACCAUGUUGGAGUGGGGACAUAUGUCAACUCAUGCAGAGAUUGUGAGUAUUGCAAUGAUGGGAUAGAAGUUAAUUGCUCAAGGGGUUCAACCUUUACAUUUAAUGCUGUUGAUGCGGAUGGGACAAUCACAAAAGGAGGGUAUUCAAGUUAUAUUGUAGUUCAUGAAAG